CGCGUUCCCGGGCUGCUUUGGUGCUGCCGGCCCCAGCAGCAGCGGUGUCACGUAGCAGACAUCCUCCGCGGCCGCGCAGCCGCGCGCCCCGCGCAUCUGGGCGCGCCGCGGCAGCGCUCCGCUCCGCUCCGCUGCGCUGCGGGGAGCCCGGCGGCCCCGCUAUCAAUGACCGCCCCACAGCAGCGCCGUGCCACGGCGACAGCCGAGCGCCCGAGCCGUGCACCGCUAACCACCAUGGAAACGAGGAGAAAUAAGAGCAGCUAGCGAGCUGCUCUCUCCCCCGCCUUCCUCUCUCCGCUGGAUUGCGAGCCUCAGACAGCCAGGCAGCAACAGCGCCUGGCAAACGCAAGGGAUCUCAGCUGGCAGCACGGAGAGUCUCUCGUGUUGUAGGAUAUCAAUAGAUACAUCUCUGUAUUACAGACUGUUAGACACACGCAUGCACACCGACUCACACCCACACGUACAUGUGUGCUCAUCUAUACAGACUCUGGCUUUAAUACAAGUAUGUCACUACCUGAACUAAGGAUUCGAAAUUACUGAGAUGCAAGAACUCCUCCAGCUCUGAAACUACUCUUAUUAUAGGGUCAUCUUGUCGUUCCUACAAACACUAAUCAAUCAUGGGAUUUGAAGUUAAUACUACUAAAUAAAUGAAUUGUUUAAUCUCCUAUGACCAUCUAUACAUACUUCAUCUUCACAAAGCUCAUCAAUUUUAUGUCAUCAAGGACGAAGUGACCUUCAUUUCCACAAAAUGCUUCUUACUACUGGACAAGUUGGUUACAAAUUUAUCACUUACCCUCAGGAAGGAAGUCCUUCACGAUCAUCAUUUGAUAAAUGCAAGAUUGUGCUGUAUUAACUGACCAGGUCAUAUUGAAUACCAAGACUACAAUUGUGGAAUACUAAAGGGUCUGUUACUUUCCUGAACAUUUAGGCUAAGAUGAAGGACCUGCAACUUAAAAUUAAUUUACUGCUUGGUCUAGUUACCACUGCUCUACUACAAGCCGUAGGAAGAAAAGCAGACUGCCCGGAGUCAUGUAUAUGUGAAAUCAGACCAUGGUUCACCCCCAGGUCUGUCUACAUGGAAGCUCCAACUGUGGACUGCAAUGAUUUAGGCCUUUUUAAUUUUCCAACCACACUGCCUGCUGACACACAAGUUCUACUUCUACAAACUAAUAAUAUUGCAAAAAUUGAACAUUCAGUAGACUUCCCAGUGAAUUUAACUGGUCUAGAUUUAUCUCAGAACAAUUUAUCCUCAGUGACCAGUAUUAAUCUUAGAAAGAUACCACAGUUACUGUCAGUGUACCUUGAAGAAAACAAACUUACUGAGCUCCCUGAAGAAUGUCUCUCUGGACUCAACAAUUUACAAGAGCUUUAUAUUAAUCAUAAUCUGCUUUCUGUGAUUGCACCAGGAGCUUUCAUAGGCCUCAAUAAUCUUCUCAGACUUCAUCUCAAUUCAAAUGGACUGCAAGUGAUCAACAGAAAGUGGUUUGAAGCUACUCCUAAUCUUGAAAUUCUCAUGAUUGGAGAAAAUCCAAUAAUCAGAAUUGAAGACAUGAACUUCAAGCCUCUUAGCAAUCUGCGCAGCCUAGUUUUAGCAGGUAUAAAUCUCACUGAAAUACCAGAUAAUGCUUUGGCUGGCCUUGACAACUUAGAAAGCAUUUCCUUUUAUGACAACAGAUUUGUUAGAGUGCCCCACAUCGCUCUUCAAAAGGCUACAAAUCUUAAAUUUCUGGAUCUAAAUAAGAACCCCAUUAACAGAAUACGACGAGGAGAUUUUAGCAAUAUGCUGCACCUAAAAGAGUUAGGAAUUAACAACAUGCCUGAACUGAUUUCUAUAGAUAGCCUUGCUGUUGAUAAUUUGCCUGAUUUAAGAAAAAUAGAAGCAACCAAUAACCCCAGAUUAUCAUACAUUCACCCCAAUGCAUUCUACAGACUUCCCAAGCUGGAAUCACUCAUGCUCAACAGCAACGCGCUGAGUGCGCUGUACCGCAGCACGGUGGAAUCCCUGCCUAACCUCAAAGAAGUCAGCAUACACAGCAACCCCAUCAGGUGUGACUGUGUCAUCCGCUGGAUUAACAUGAAUAAAACAAACAUUCGGUUCAUGGAGCCGGAGUCCCUGUUUUGUGUAGACCCUCCUGAAUUCCAAGGUCAGAAUGUGAGACAGGUACACUUUCGGGAAAUGAUGGAAAUCUGUCUUCCUCUGAUAGCUCCUGAAAGUUUUCCAUCUACAUUGGAUUUAAAAGCUGGCAGCCAUAUUUCUUUGCACUGCAGAGCAACAGCAGAGCCAGAACCUGAAAUCUACUGGAUAACACCAUCAGGACACAAACUUUUGCCUAAUACUGUCUCUGAUAAGUACUACAUUCAUUCCGAAGGAACGUUAGACAUAAGUGAUGUAACGCAAAGAGAAAGUGGCUUAUACACAUGUAUAGCAACAAAUUUAGUUGGGGCAGACGUAAAGUCAGUCAUGAUUAAAGUGGACGGCUCUUUCCCUCAGGAACACAAUGGAUCUUUAAAUAUUAAAAUAAAAGACAUAAAAUCUAAUUCUGUUUUGGUUUCAUGGAAAGCAAGUUCUAAAAUUCUGAAGUCCACUGUUAGAUGGACAGCCUUUGCGAAAGCUGAAGACUCCCGGGCUGCACAGAGUGCUCGAAUACCAUCUGAUAUAAAGGUAUAUAAUCUUACACAUCUAAAUCCAUCAACUGAAUACAAAAUUUGUAUAGAUAUUCCCACUAUCUAUUCUCAGAAUAGGAAACAAUGUGUCAAUGUAACCACAAAAGGACUGGACUUGGAAGUGAAAGGCUAUGAAAAGAACAACAUAAUAGGAUUCCUUGCUGGCCUUGGUGCUCUUUUGGGAAUCAUAUCUGUGAUAUAUCUCUAUAGCUGCAUCUCUCAAGAUAUGAACUAUGGCAUUGGACACAGCUAUCUAAGGAAUUACCUGAAGAAACAAUCCUUUUCACUCAAUGAGCUUUAUCCUCCCCUAAUCACUCUUUGGGACAUGGGCAAAGAAAAAAGCACAGCAAUGGAAGUAAAAGCAACUGUAAUAGGUGUACCAACAAAUAUGUCAUAAAUAUGUCAGUAUAUCACUUUCUGAAAUAAAAAGCACAUGACUCUAUUUGUGCUGAAUAAAAAGGCAACAAGAAAAACAUAUUUCUCUUAGGAACUAGAUGCCUGGACUUUGUUGCUGCCAUCAAAUGGAAUAUAUAUGACUCAGUAUGAGAGAAGAAUUUUAAUUAACUGGCUUCUAAGGGUAUUCUACCAACCAAAUAAAAUUAACUUCAUAUUCUAGAACUUUCAUGGGACUUUUAAGUCUGGAAUACAGUGGAAGUAGCCAAGAACAUUUUCUGUAUUUUUUUUAAAUUAUUAUAUAAAAGUAGUGGAACUGAGCAAUACCUCCUCCUGUGCUGUAUUACACAAAAUAGCCACGAGUUUUUGCAGUGAACAGAUAUACUAGGAUUGACAUAUGGUGUAAUGAAAUGGACAAAUUCUGUAGAGUAGACACAGUAAGUAUGUGAAUUUUUUUUAAUGAGAAAAUACAUUUUUGAUUAAAAUCAAAA